AUGAAUUCAAUACGUCGUAUAAAUGAUAUAAAUCAAAAAGAAUUAAAAUCGAAGACAGAUUAUAAAGCAUCAUGGCAUUAUGAAUAUAGAGAUACAAAUUAUAUAUAUAUUGGGAAUUUACCUUUUAAUUUAAAAGAAUUGGAUAUUUUAAAAAUAUUUUCACAGUAUGGUAUACCUACGCAUAUUAAUCUAAUUAAAGAUAAAGUAUCAGGUAAAAGUAAAGGAUUUGCUUUCUUAAAGUAUGAAAAUUUCAAAAGUUGUAUAUUGGCAAUUGAUAAUUUGAAUGGGUUUAAAAUUGGUGAUAGAUUUUUAAAAGUUGAUCAUAAUUAUUAUACAUUAUAUGGAAAUGAUGUGGAAGAUAAUUAUAAGAUCAAUUAUGAGAAGAUAUUAAGGGAGCUGGGUGAGUAUAUAGAUCAAAGUAAACUAAUAAAGGAAAAAGAGAAGGAAGAGAAAAAGAAAUUGAUUAAAGAUAGAAUAGAAACUAGAAAUAAUGAUAAUAAAGGUGAAAAUGAUGACUUUGAAGAUCCUAUGGCCAAUUACGUUAAUUCAGAGAAAACAAAAGAGGUAGAAACUAAAGGUUUGAUUGAGUCGUCUUCUAAUGCUGGUAAUGACGAAGAUGACGAAUUUAAGGACCCUAUGGCUAAUUUUAUAAAAUUAGAAAAAGAACCAAGAGAAAAGAAGGUAAAGAGAAGUGAUAAAGUUAAAAAAGGUCUCUUCAAAGACACAACAAAUCUUAAAGACAGCUUGGAACAAGCUAAAGAGGAGUCUAACUUACCAGUUGAUUCAGUUGAUCAGAAUAAACGAAAAUUAGAAGAAAAUAAAGAGGAGCAAGUUGUCACUGGUGACGAUAAUACCUUUAAAGAUCCAUUAGAAGAAUAUAUCAAACGAAAGCAAAGUGCUAAAAAGGACAAGAAGCGUCAUAAAUCGAAAUAG